CCAUAUGUGUGCGCCGGCGCAGAAUUGUGACUAAAGCAAAGCUGAACCCUGGAACAUACACUUAAACGUUGGGACAACGUGAUUUGCCAAUGACAGCCGAGAGUGCUGACCACUGAGAAACUACUGAAGUUUUCGUUCAUCGAAAGAAUGGCGCUGAAUAAAUCCAUGCAUCCUCGAAACCGCUAUAAGGACAAACCUCCGGACUUUGUGUAUCUGGCCUCUAAACACCCUGAGUUCCAGAAGCACGUGCAGACCACACUGACCGGCAGAGUGACGCUCAACUUUAAGGACCCGGAGGCUGUUCGAGCUCUCACAUGCACCCUGCUGAAAGAGGAUUUUGGCCUAACCAUUGAGAUCCCCCUGGAACGGCUCAUCCCCACCGUGCCGCUCCGCCUUAACUACAUCCACUGGGUUGAGGACCUGAUUGGGGGGCAGGGGAACCCACGGAGGGGCAUCGACAUCGGUACUGGUGCUUCCUGUAUUUAUCCCUUGCUGGGAGCCACUAUGAAUGGCUGGUUCUUCCUCGCCACAGAAGUGGAUGACAUCUGCUUUAAUUAUGCAAAGAAGAACGUUGAGCAAAACCACCUGGCAGAGCUCAUUAAAGUGGUGAAGGUGCCCCAGAAGACUCUGCUGAUGGAUGCGCUCAAGGAUGAGUCCAUUGUCUAUGAUUUCUGUAUGUGCAAUCCACCUUUCUUUGCCAACCAGUUAGAAGCAAAGGGGGUGAAUUCGAGGAACUCCCGCAGACCUCCACCCAGCUCCAUCAACACUGGGGGGGUCACUGAGAUCAUGGCUGAGGGUGGAGAGCUGGAGUUUGUGAAAAGGAUCAUCCAUGACAGUCUGCAACUAAAGAAGAGGCUUAGGUGGUACAGUUGCAUGCUGGGAAAGAAGUGUAGCCUGGCACCUUUGAAAGAUGAGCUGCGGAAACAAGGGGUGCUCAAAGUAACACACACCGAGUUCUGUCAAGGUCGGACCAUGCGCUGGGCCCUGGCUUGGAGUUUCUAUGAUGAUGUGCCUGUGCCUUCUUCCCCCUGGGGACUUUAA